UGGAAUGACUCACCACUCCCCUUAUGUGUUGAAGAAGGAAGACUGAUAGGUCAUUUUACAUCUUCCAUAGCUGGAGUGUAUACUAUGCCAGGGCAGACCAGAGGAGUAAACCAGGUUACAUGGAGAGAUGAGUCUCUAGACCACCCUUUACCCCGUAGAGUAAUCGAAGAUGAACCAUGUAUACUGGAUGUGAAAUCUGAAGAUGAAAUGCGAGGAGCAGCUCUUGAGAGUCGAGCAUCAGAUGCUCAUCAGGAGAUAAAGCUCCCAGACUAUUUGCAAGAUUUGAUGAAGAGAAGCACUGGAGGAUUGCAGGAACAUCAGAAGGAAGCAGUGAAGAGACUUCUUUACUCUUACCAAGAUGUGUUUGCUGCUUCUGAC